AUGGACCCCCAGCAGCGCAUCUUGCUGGAGACCGUUUACGAAGCCCUGGAAGCGGGAGGCCAUACUCUCGAGUCCUUGCGGGGAUCAGACACGGCAGUUUAUGCUGGAACCAUGACUGCCGACUACAAUGAUACCCUAACCCGGGACCACAACACCAUGCCGAAUUAUUUCGCAACUGGCACGAAUCGAGCAAUCAUCUCCAACCGGGUCUCAUACUUCUUUGACUGGCAUGGGCCCAGCAUGACCAUCGAUACCGCUUGCUCAUCCAGUCUGAUCGCCUUGCACCAGGGUGUGAGAACCCUACGUGCCAACGAAUCGCGCGUCGCCGUGGCAUGCGGCACCCAAGUGCUUCUCAACCCGGAGAUGUAUAUCGGCGAGAGCAAGCUGAAGAUGUUGUCCCCCAACGGCCGCUCCCGGAUGUGGGAUGCAGAUGCGGAUGGCUACGCCCGUGGCGAGGGCGUGGCAGCCGUGGUAUUGAAACGGCUUAGCGAUGCAAUUGCCGAUGGAGAUCACAUCGAGUGUAUUGUCCGUGAGACCGGGGCCAACCAAGACGGCUUUUCCAAUGGGCUUACAGUUCCCAACUCCGAUGCCCAGGCAGCACUGAUCCGCCAAACUUCUUUGAAGCCCACGGCACAGGGGACUCAGGCGGGAGAUCCAAGGGAAGCUGCCGCUAUCCACGACUGUUUCGGUCGACACAUUACCAGCUCGGAGUACCCUCUGUAUGUGGGAUCAAUCAAGACCAUCAUUGGACAUCUUGAGGGCUGCGCGGGUCUCGCUGGCGUGCUCAAGGCCUCUGGCAUGAUUCAGGCUGGAUUGGUGGCUCCGAACAUGCUCUUCGAAACCCUCAACCCCAAGAUCGAACCGUUCUAUAAGGGCCUGCAUGUUCCCACAAAGCUGAGCGCUUGGCCUGCAUUAGAAGAGGGAGUUCCUCGCCGAGUGAGUGUGAACAGUUUUGGCUUCGGUGGCACCAACUCCCACGCCAUUUUGGAGUCGUACACCCCCCCAACGAGUCCUGCAUCAUCCGGUCCAUCUUUGACCCCGUUUGUAUUUUCAGCGGCAACGGAAGGCUCUUUGAUCGCUCAGUUACGGGCCUUUUCUGACCACCUGAAAAUUCACCAUGAUACCAUCAAUAUCUCUGACUUGGCGUGGACCCUCCACUCCCGCCGAAGCCAGUUGUCAACCAAGGCAGCUUUCUCGGCAUUGACAAUCGAGCAGCUCGCGUCGAAGAUCGACAAAAAGUUGGCAGAGGUGCAGCAGAAUCCCGCGACCGUUGUUGGCCUCCGCGCUGCCGCCAAGGCCAUCCCUCGCCUUCUGGGCGUGUUUACCGGCCAGGGUGCCCAAUGGCCAUCGAUGGGCGCGUAUCUCAUCCGCGAGUCGGAAUUUGUUCAAAAGAGGAUUCAGGAUCUUGAAACCUCGUUGAGCACGCUGCCACCGGCCGAUCGUCCGACAUGGAGCCUCCGAGAGGAGAUGCUGGCUGGAGCCGACGUCUCGCGCAUUGCUGAGGCUGCGUUGUCGCAGCCGCUAUGUACUGCUGUCCAGGUUGUCCUCAUUGAUCUUCUCCGGGCUGCCGGGAUUACCUUCGCAGCUGUCGUGGGGCAUUCCUCCGGUGAAAUCGCGGCUGCAUAUGCGGCUGACUUCAUCUCCGCGCGCGACGCGAUUCGCCUUGCCUAUUAUCGUGGACUCUAUGCGCGCCUAGCUGGCAAUGAAGCGACCGGCCAAAAAGGUGCCAUGCUCGCAGUUGGUACCUCGUGGGAAGAUGCCGAGGACUUCAUCAAUUUGCCUUCUUUCAAGGGUCUCUUGGCCAUCGCUGCCCACAACUCUCCUGCCAGCGUGACCUUGUCUGGAGAUGCCGACGCCGUCGUGCGCGCGCAGAAGGUGUUCGACGAGAACAAAAAGUUCGCCAGAGCUUUGAAGGUUGACACCGCGUAUCACUCGCACCACAUGUUCCCAUGUGGAGAGGCAUACGUCAAGGCCUUACAAGCAUGCGAUAUCCGAAUCAACCGAGAGAGAUCCAAAGCUUGCUCCUGGUUCUCCAGCGUGACGGGAUCAGUCGAACCAAUGGAGCCGAUUGACGAACUUCAGGAUGUCUACUGGAGGGACAACAUGACCAACACGGUGCUCUUCUCGGAUGCCGUCAAGAACGCUGUGGCCAGUGACGAACAGAUCAACCUCGCGGUCGAGGUCGGGCCUCACCCGGCACUGAAGGGCCCGGCUUUGCAGAACGUAUCGGACGUGCGAACUGCCCCCCUUCCCUACACUGGUCUUCUAAACCGUGGGAAGAACGACAUCGAGUCUUUCGCUGAGGGGCUGGGUUUCGUGUGGACGAACCUCCCACAACUGGUUGAUUUCCAGUCAUUUGUAAAGGCCGUGGCUGCGCAGGAAUCAAACCCUCCCAAGCUAGUGACUGGGCUGCCCGCAUACCAAUGGAACCAUGGACGCUCUCACUGGAGCGAGUCGCGCAUAUCGAGAAAAAUGCGUACGCGAAAGCAGCCGCACCAUGAGAUCCUUGGCUUCCUGUCUACCGAUUCCAAUGCCCAGGAGCUGCGUUGGCUGAAUGUUCUCAAGUCAUCAGAGGUUUCCUGGCUAGCCGGCCACCAGUUGCAAGGCCUCACCGUCUUCCCGGCUGCAGGCUAUAUUGCCAUGGCUCUGGAGGCAUCGAGACAUGUUGCUGGAAACAGCCCGGUCAAGCUUUUCGAGCUCUAUGACCUUGCCAUUCCGCGGGCCCUGACGUUCGAGGAAAAGGACAACUCGGGCGUUGAAACCCUCGUCACGCUGACGGGAGUGAAGUAUUUCCCGGACCAAACCGCUACAGCGCAUUUCGCUUGCUACUCUGUCCCAGUUCUCAGCAAGGGAUCAGACCAGGAUAUGGAACUCAUGGCUAGCGGAACGGUGAAGAUCGUCUUCGGCAUUCAAGAUGUAGAAGCGCUGACUCGCCUACCAUCGGACGAUCACAACAUGGUCGACGUCGAUCCCGACCGUUUCUAUUCCGCCAUUGCUGAGCUCGGAUAUCACUAUAGCGGGCCGUUUAAAACCCUGGCUGAAACAAAGCGCAGACUCAACCGAUCUUCCGCUCUGAUCGAUUCGUACCCCUACACAGACGCGGAUGUUUCUGACUACCUGGUCCACCCAACCACUCUCGAUGUUGCCUUUCAGGCAUCUAUCCUCGCCUACUCUGCCCCGGGUGAUGGACGGCUGACAUCGCUCUUCGUCCCGACAGGAAUGAAAGCUAUCCGCGUCAACCCGGAAGUGUGUGCUUCGCUCCCUACCUCCGGGUCUAAAGUUCCUGUUAUCGCAGCGCUCGAUCCCGAAUCAGAGGGAUUCACUGCCAGUAUCGAUCUUCUUAGUGAAGACGCCCUAAAUGGCAUGAUCCACGUGGAGGACAUCGUUCUCAAGCCUUUCGCACCAGCCACUGCGGCUGACGAUAUUGUCAUGUUCACGAAAACUGAGUUUGGCUUCGCGCUGCCUGAUGGAACUGCCGCUGAGAACCUUGCAAGUAUGGUGUCGCAGAUAACACAUCGUUAUCCACACGCGCGUAUCCUUGAAAUAUGUAAGAUCAGUCUUGCUGAAUUUGACACUCCUCGAAUUAGCUAA